AUGGAAGAAGUUGAGCGCCUGGCUUUCCAGGUGCUCAUCCUCCUCAUUCCUUUGGGCUUCGCCCAGGAGCCCCACCUUCACUUGGAUGACGAGUGCGCAGAGGACCGUACCGACUGCGCGUUGACCGCCCUGCAACACCGAGGUGUUCUGACCCAGAAAAUGGAUUGCCACACAGCGGUGCAAGGAGAAGGAUGCUUCGAUGAGGUGACUUGGGCACGAGAGGUCGGCCUCCGCACGCACCCCGACUGGUACCCGGGUCUCACUGCGAAUUCUUCCGUGGCGGACUUCCAGCUCUUGAUUCACGAUCAAGUUCCAGGCAAAUGCCCGAUACCUUGUGGUGCACUGCCGCGCCCGAAGCGGCCUCUUGCGGGCGGCCUCUCUGCCCCCGCAGACGAUGGUGGAAGCGUUACCAUAAAGGUGUUGAGCUACAACCUGUUCUGGUGGAACCUCUAUGGUGUCCGCGGCGGUAAUGGGGAGAGUGCCGGCCACCUGAUCAAAGCUGAGACCGUGGAGGACGGGCUCUUCGAUGUCAUGGGUUUCCAGGAAUGUGAGAAUGGCAUCCGUGUACUGGAGCCGGUGGGCUUGAUGGACCGCUAUGAAGUUCUGCAAGGUAUGCACGCCGUGUGCCUAGCCUACCGGAAGGAUGCCUGGAAAUUGCUGUCAAGAGGCAGCAAGGACGUUGGGGAGGAUAUGAAGUCCCACUACUACGGACACCGCGGCGUGGUCUGGAUGCGCCUUGUUCACCAAACCACUGGCAGAAAGCUACUUUUCGCCAACCACCACGGGCCGCUGGAGGUGAACUCGGGUGGUGCCCGUGGCGGUGACUCCAUCGCCAAGAACCUGAUAGAAGUUCUUCGGAGCAGUUCCGAACCAGGGGAUUCCAUCAUACUGGUGGGAGACUUCAACGCCAACUCGGCGUCGCGCACCAUCCAGGCUCUUUGGUCCCGGAUGGUGCUGCUCUAUGGCGGUGGAUCCUUCGGCGGAGUAGACAACAUCUUCGGCAACAUGGACGCGGCCUCCGUCGUGCGACGCAAGAAUCUGGGCAGUGGAGGCAGUGACCACGAUGCCAUUUCAGUGACGGUGUCCUUGGGAACACCAGCGCGGGAGCUGCAGAGGUCCCCGCUCCGAACCGGCGAGGUUCCGAGUGCUGCCCUGCAGGCAACGGAUGCGCUGAAAGUGAAUCCGCCCGGCGACGACUGGCAGCAUUUCUGGUGUGGACAGCUGGAGCCAGAUGUGGGCUAUGUACCUCCAGUGGGCAGCUGGUCCCGAGUGAUCAGCCACCGACCUGAGCUGGGUGACGACUUCGAUGUCGCAGCCCCGCAGCGCUGCUGCCGUCUUUGCCAGCGAGAGCCCAGGUGCAAAUCGUGGACCUGGAAAGAGGGAGGGCCUCGACGCUGCGAGAUGUAUGGAGAAGUUACUUACCAGCAGCUUUGGGGGUCUUGUACCAGUAGCUGCCCAGAUGGAAGGCGUAGUGCAGUGACGCAUGCACAAAUACAAGAGGCACGCUUGCAGAGAAUCAGCACCGACGAUACCAUCGCAACACAUGGUCGUCGUCCUCACAGUCGCAACAGUAGUAGUGCUCGUGUAAGUGUGUGGUGA